GUUCUGGAGAAAGAUGACAAAGACGUGAAAGGUAUGCCACUCAGUAGCAAUACUGUUGGCAGAAGAACAAGCAAAAUUAGUGUAGAUAUUGAAAUACAACUUGUUGAAAGCAGAAAACAAAAAAAAUUCUCAGUGCAAAUGGAUGGACCAACUUUGAGAGACAGUGAGGCGGUAUUGAUAACUUAAGUAAGAUUUAUUAAUAAAGGGUAUUGUGCUGGAGAAAUGUUGUUCUGAAAAUCAUUAGAAAGCACCAAUACCGCCAAAUAUAUAUUU